AUGUCGCCCUCGAUGUGGUGGACGCAGGCGUAUUUGUGUAUUUGGGCAUUCUUCUUCUACCUCUUCCAGCGCUUUAUGCAUUUGCGCGUCUGCAAGAAGAUGUACUGCACCUCCAACAAGUUGGACUCUCUGGUGCUGUACAUGGGCUGGGGCCUUCUGCUGGCGGAACUGGCAGCCUGCCAUGCCUAUUGGCGGGUACGGCUCCAGGAGUGGCAGUGGCUGUCCAUCCUCAAGUCGGUGGUUCUAUCUUACGGGGUCUACUGGCCGCUGCUGUGCCUCAUGGGCGUGCCCUGGCCUCUGGGCCUUCACGGUGAGCUGGACGUGCCGCAGCGCUCGCGGGAGCGCUCCGACGACGACCGCUGCGAGUCCUGCGAGGACUUCUGCUACAACUGGCUGAACGUGAACCCCGUCUAUGUGCUCAAGAGCCAGUACUGCCCAGACUUCGACUUGGAGCCCCAAGUCUUCUACGAGCCAGGUACCUGCAGCUCUCCCCCGAGGACUCUGGGCACGUGGCCGGCAAGCGCUGGCAGAUGUCCGGCGGCGGCAUUUGGUUGGAGCUGGAAGGCCUUGGAUGCAUCCCCACCACCCUGGAGGAGGCCACCCAGAUCUGCAGUCAGCCAGAGCUGA